AUGGCUGCAGCAGCAGCAGCAGCAGCAGCAGAUAUAGCAGGUGGAUAUGAUCAUCUACUUAAGCUGCUGCUUAUAGGAGAUAGCGGCGUGGGUAAGAGUUCUUUGCUGCUUCGAUUCACAGAAAACAAAUACGACGAACAGCAGCUCUCUACCAUAGGUACGUUAUACUAUCAACAGCAGCAGCAACAGCAGCAGCAGCAGCAACAGCAGCAGCAGCAGCAACAGCAGCAGCAAUAG